AUGCCUUACGCUUUAUCCGAAUCCCACAAGAAAUUGGUUGAAGGUCACCUUCAAGAAACCGACCCAGAAGUUGAUCAAAUCAUCAAGGAUGAAAUCCACAGACAGAAACACUCAAUUGUGUUGAUUGCUUCUGAAAAUUUCACUACAACUGCUGUUUUCGAUGCUUUGGGAACCCCCAUGUGUAACAAGUACUCCGAGGGUUACCCUGGUGCUCGUUACUACGGUGGUAACGAACACAUUGACCGUAUUGAAUUGUUGUGUCAAGACAGAGCCCUCAAGGCCUUCAACGUGACCCCAGACCGUUGGGGUGUCAAUGUUCAAACCUUGAGUGGUUCCCCAGCCAACUUGCAAGUCUACCAAGCCAUCAUGAAGCCCCAUGAACGUUUGAUGGGUUUGGACUUACCCCACGGUGGUCACUUGUCCCACGGUUACCAAACUGACUCCAGAAAGAUCUCAGCUGUUUCCACCUAUUUCGAAACCAUGCCUUACAGAGUCAACUUGGACACUGGUUUGAUUGACUACGACAUGUUGGAAAAGACUGCCAUCUUGUACAGACCAAAGGUUUUGGUUGCUGGUACUUCUGCCUACUGUCGUUUGAUUGACUACCAAAGAAUGAGAGAAAUCGCUGACAAGGUCGGUGCUUACUUGGUGGUUGACAUGGCUCACAUCUCUGGUUUGGUUGCCGCUGGUGUCAUCCCAUCCCCAUUCGAGUUUGCUGACAUUGUCACCACCACCACCCACAAGUCUUUAAGAGGUCCAAGAGGUGCCAUGAUCUUCUUCAGAAGAGGUGUCAGAUCCGUCAACCCAAAGACUGGCCAAGAAAUCCUUUACGACUUGGAAAACCCAAUCAACUUCUCCGUCUUCCCAGGUCACCAAGGUGGUCCACACAACCACACCAUCGCUGCUUUGGCCACUGCUUUGAAGCAAGCCGCUACCCCAGAAUUCAAGCAAUACCAAGAACAGGUUUUGAAGAAUGCUAAGGUUUUGGAAACCGAGUUCAUCAACAAGGGCUACAAGUUGGUUUCCGAUGGUACCGACUCUCACAUGGUUUUGGUUUCCUUGAAGGACAAGCAAAUCGAUGGUGCCAGAGUUGAAACUAUCUGUGAAAAGAUCAACAUCGCUUUGAACAAGAACUCUAUUCCAGGUGACAAGUCUGCAUUGGUCCCAGGUGGUGUUAGAAUUGGUGCUCCUGCCAUGACCUCUAGAGGUUUGGGUGAGGAAGACUUCAAGAAAAUCGUUGAGUACAUCGACUUUGCUGUCAACUACGCCAAGGAAAUCCAAGCUAACUUGCCAAAGGAUGCCAACAAGUUGAAGGACUUCAAGCAUAAAGUCUUGAACGGCGAAGACGACAAGUUGAAGGCUGCCAAGGAAGAAAUCUCCCAAUGGGCUGGUGAGUUCCCCUUAUCUGUUUAA